AAGUCACGCUCACUAAGCCACUCCAAUUGUGUCCUAGACAGUACCCAAAGCACGACUAUGGCCAAACAAAACCAACUCUCAUUCCUCACAUCAGCCACUCUUUUGGUCAUUAUAGUUUCUGUUUCGGAAACGCUUUGUCGCCCUCUUGAAGAGGAACACUUGUUAAAGCAACAUGAUGAAUGGAUGGCGAUCCACGGGCGCAUCUACAAGGACGCGGCCGAAAAGGCCAAACGGUAUGAGAUAUUUAAAGAGAACGUUAAGCGCAUCAAUGCAUUUAACAAUGGUAAGGACGUGGGGUAUAAGCUGGCCGCGAACAAGUUCACGGACCUAACCAACGAGGAGUUCCGUGCUUCCUACACUGGCUACAACAGGAGGCCCACUAGUGUCCUGCCUUCUAUGGCUGCGAAACCGUUCAAGUACGCAAACUUCACCGCCAUUCCAGCCACCUUGGACUGGCGAACCAAGAAGGCCGUGACGUCUGUCAAGGAUCAAGGCGCCUGCGGAAGUUGUUGGGCGUUCUCGGCAGUGGCAGCUAUGGAAGGGAUCACCAUGCUCAAGAAGGGGAAGUUGGUAUCACUCUCGGUGCAAGAACUUCUGGAUUGCGAUGUUAAUGGUAAGGAUUCAGGCUGCGAGGGUGGGUACAUGGACAGUGCCUUCAAGUUCAUUAUAAGCAAGGGCGGCCUCACGACCGAGGCGAAUUACCCUUAUCGGGGAAACGAGCGGACCUGCGACACGGCAAAGACAGGGAACCAUACUGCCUCGAUAACUGGAUACCAGGACGUGCCGGCCAACAGCGAGAAGGCCCUCUUGCAGGCUGUGGCGAACCAGCCGGUCUCAGUGGCAGUCGAGGGGGGAGGGUUCGAUUUCCAAUUCUACUCAAGCGGCGUGUUCACGGGCUCGUGCGGGACCGAUAUCGACCAUGCGGUCACGGCGGUCGGGUAUGGGAAGACCUCUAGCGGGACCAAGUAUUGGCUGCUGAAGAAUUCGUGGGGCACCGGGUGGGGUGAGAGCGGGUACAUGAGGAUCCAGAGGGAUGUGAGCUCUAGGACUGGCCUCUGUGGUCUUGCCAUGAAUGCUUCUUAUCCAACUGCGUGAAGAAAGAAGAAGAUUAAAAAAUAAAUUAUGAGCUUAUAUAUGUGAUACUGGUUCUUAGGCUCUCUAUAAGUAUGAAAUGAUGUCUAGCGUCUCUGUAAAAGAA